UGAUUUAUUUUGGAUUAGCACCCCAAUGGCAUGUGAACUAGAAGAUAAUCUGAAGUAAAAGGUCUGUUAUUUCGAAGCGACAGCCUUUACCAAAAUGGUAGGAAAACUGAAGCAGAACUUGCUAUUGGCAUGUCUAGUGAUCAGCUCCGUGACGGUGUUCUACCUGGGCCAGCACGCCAUGGAGUGUCACCACCGCAUAGAGGAACGGAGCCAGCCUCUGCGAGCGGACAGCGUGAGAAGCACAGUCAGAACUGGGUCUAGUGCAAGUGCAAAUAAAACUUUUGCUUACAACAAAGACAUGCCUUUAAUAUUUAUUGGAGGAGUACCUCGCAGUGGCACUACUUUAAUGCGUGCCAUGCUCGACGCGCAUCCGGAUAUUCGAUGCGGAGAGGAGACAAGGGUGAUCCCGCGAAUUCUGGCUGUUAAGCAGAUGUGGGCUAGAUCAAGCAAAGAGAAAAUCCGACUGGAUGAAGCUGGGGUCACGGAUGAGGUUCUGGACUCGGCCAUGCAAGCAUUUUUAUUGGAAAUCAUUGUGAAACAUGGGGAACCUGCACCAUAUUUGUGUAACAAAGAUCCUUUUGCUCUAAAAUCCUUAACUUACCUUGCCAGAAUUUUCCCCAAUGCCAAAUUUCUUCUAAUGGUGCGGGAUGGUCGUGCGUCCGUACAUUCCAUGAUAUCCAGGAAGGUCACCAUAGCUGGGUUUGACCUUAACAGCUACAGGGACUGCUUGACCAAGUGGAAUCGUGCGAUAGAAACGAUGUAUAACCAGUGUAUGGAGGUUGGUUUUGAAAGGUGUAUGCUGGUACAUUAUGAACAGCUUGUGCUGCAUCCUGAGAGAUGGAUGAGGACUCUCUUAAAGUUUCUCCGCAUCCCAUGGAACCAAGCAGUGCUGCACCAUGAAGAAAUGAUUGGAAAAGCAGGGGGUGUUUCUCUUUCAAAAGUUGAAAGAUCUACUGACCAAGUCAUCAAGCCAGUCAACGUGGAAGCGCUGUCCAAGUGGGUCGGGAAGAUCCCCGCUGACGUUCUGCAGGAUAUGCCAGUGAUUGCACCCAUGUUAGCAAAGCUGGGCUACGAUCCGUAUGCCAAUCCACCCAAUUAUGGGAAGCCAGAUCAAAAAGUUCUGGAAAACACAAGGAGGGUCUACAAAGGCGAAUUUCAACUUCCUGACUUUCUUAAAGAAGUGCCACAGCCAAAGAAGACAGUAGAAAGGAAGUCUCGUGGCAAGAUAAAAUGAACAUGGAUCAGUAAAGUAGACUAGCUGCAGUGUGUGUCUCCUGUUCUCAGAGCAGAGCUUUUUGCUGUGGACACCAAACCUUUUCUGAUAAAUCUGUGUCACCUCUACUGUGGCCUUUGCUGUUUUACUGGCUGUUUCGCCUGCUCUCACCCUUCCACCAGUUAGUGCUCAUGCUUUGCUGCAAGUUGUGCUCAGCUGAUAGAAAAUCAUUAAGAAUCUGACACCACGCAGCUACAUGUGCUGUUGCUCACAGUAUUGUUCACUCUCGAGUGCUGGCCAAAAUGCCUCUGCAGCUUGAAGGCAAGAAAACUAUUUAAAUGUGUGCUGCUUUAAAGUUAUUGUCAGCAAAUUCGUUUGAGAAAGUGCGCUAUAGUUAUUUUAUAAUGCUUUCAAAUGCAGUUAUUGUGU